UUUGUAAAUAAAUAAAUCAGAUUUUUGGGAAUUAGAAUCAGAAUUAUUUUUAAAAAAUAUCAGAAUUUUCAAAUUUAUAGAGUUCCAAUGAUCAACAACAAGAAGGUGAAGAAACUCAACAACAACUCCCUGUUGAAAUAACUUCAGGUCGAAGACAAUCUUUAGCUGAACAAUGGUUUCGCACAGUCAGAAUGAGAAGGAGAGGAGCUCGAGGAAUAGCUGGAACUCAAAGUGAAGAGCUGAGCCGAAAAAAUUUUAUUGACCAACACCAGCCUCGCCCACAUAAUUUACUGAUUGGACAAGAAAAGCAAAAUAAUAAAGAAUUAAUUAUGCCUGGCGGGGAGGAGGAUGACGAGGAAAUUAAAAUAUUAACGUCCAACCAACAACCAAUGCAUGAUAAUAAUGGAAAUAAUUUUAUCAGAUCAUCGUCUCCAUUAUCUAGCUCAUCUGCAGGUUUUGGUUGCUCUGCUGCUGUUAGGUUCCGCAGCUGUCCUCCAACUCCACGUCCUGCAAUGAGCCAGCGCUAUUUAAAAGAGGGUUAUUGCCAGCUUACUUCAAUACAAACAUUGUCGCAACACAAUCGAUAUAUGUUUCUGUUUGACGACGUGUUGCUCAUAUGCAAAGAAAAAGGAGAGCAUAACAGCUGUUAUAAGCUUAAAGAAAAAGUUUCACUUGAAUUUCUGUGGCUUUCUUCUAAUAAUUGUACUAAUUCUUUUCUUCUUGGUUGGCCAACAACGCGCAACUAUAUAGCUCAUUUCAGUACGGAGCGCGAAAAAUCAGACUGGUUUGAAAAGCUGAACUCAGCCAUACAACGUCGUCUCCGGCCAAAAUCCACAACAAUUGGAGUUUUUGUUCAAAUUGAAGGGAGACAACAGCAAAUUCGAAGAGAAGUCAAAAACGGUCAACGCGCCGAGGAUUUAAUUGAGGCUUUACGUAUAGAGCUUCAUUUACCUGUUAUAGACCCUCAUUUGGGACAUUACGAACUUUGCUUUUGCCCUGGAAGUAGACGAAAUAGUGGAGGAGGUGAAUAAAUUAUUGAAAAUUUUUUUAAAAACCUCCCUAUACGAUACCCCUUUGGGGCUGUUUAUAGCUUAUAAUGGGGCGUCUCUUAUAAUGAGUUGUCUCUUAAAUAGAGGGUCGCUUCGGCAGCUUCCCACUCAGUGACCAAACAAAACGUUAGGUUCCCUUUUGAUGUAUGUACCAUUUGUCUUUGUACCCUUUUGUCGGCGAACUAUUUUGUCGCUGAACCAUUUUGUCGUUUGUACCGUUUUGUCGGUGAACCCUUUUGUCAGUUGUACCCUUUUGUUGUUGAAUGGUACAACUAAUAUUUGGGGGUAUUUUAUAGUGGGAUCGGAUCGGUUCGACUCUUAUUUCAACUUUUCCCUUCAGUUCGACCUCUUU